CUGUUCCUUUGAUGGGUGUGAGGAUGAAUGACAAUGCCAGCACUGUGCUCGUUGGUCUCUUCUACACGAAGCACAAUAAGUGGGGAUUGACUGUCAACGGAAAGUCUCGGGGGUUGUCAGAUGAAGAUGGUACGUGGCAGCCUGGCACAACGUAUCAAGUGAUACUGCGAAGGGUUUCGGAUGAGUUUUUUGUGUACGUUGACGAGAAUAUGCUUAUUCAGGAGGAACUUCCGCCCCGUGCGUACACCUCACGCAGUGUCUCGGACUUCUACGUUGGCGGCGACGGUGCGAAGGGGACAGGCGAGGCUGACGUGACGGUGGGCAGUGUCCUGUUGUACAACGAGGCACUUCGUGCUGAUAGGCUCACGAGCCUCAGUGUCAGCAAAGUCACACUUCCAACACCGGCUGCUGAGGGGCCACUCACAACGCUGGGAAAUGAUGAGGAGAUUGCCUCCAAGCUGAAACCUGGAGAAAAGAGGGUUGGUGACGGUUUGAAUCCUAAAGGACCUCUACCAGAGGAGGCCCAUAAAGGCAAUCACAGUGCUGCUGAGGAGCCUGGGUCUUCGCCAGCUUCGUCAUCGCCAAAGGUGCGCCUGGCUGAUGGAUCCGACGACGGCAGCAUGGCUGGCGGUGGAUCCAAAAAUACUAGCGCGAGUCUUGCGAAGGACGCAUCCAGCAUUUCUCUUUCUGGUGACAGCUCCGUUGCUUUCGGCAACCUUACACGUGUGAGGCCCGAUUCAGGAAGGGGUGACGGCACGGUGCGUGGGUGUGUGUCUCGGCUGUUUCUGCUGCUAUUGGGGCUAUGGGGCUUUGUGGCCCUGUGCUGA